AUGACAAGUUUCGUUUACUGUUUAUCUACCUUCAAAGCGUUGGUUCUAUUUCAGUUUCUUCCAGCAGCGAGUCUUGCAUCUAGUUUUCAACUUGCAUGCGAUAAUGGAACUUCAUUAUCCUUGGUUUACUGGGAGCAAAAGCCGUAUGUCUACAAAGAUGAAGGAGAAUUCCUCAUCAACGGAGCUUUGCCUGAAAUCCUCAGGAAAAUUUUCAACGUUUGUUGUAAACGUGAAGCUAACGUGACAGGAAAACGUAUUGAGUACCCCAGCUCAUUAAAACUUACGAUUCAAGAUCAUUCUCACCAGGCCAUUAUUCCGUUAGGGCGAAGAGCAAGCCGCGGUGAAUCGAUAUACUUGCGCCCAUUUCUUGGGUUAAUAGCGUCUCCAGGGAUGGCAGUGAUUGCACAAAAGACCAUUCCAGGACAGGAGUUGCUUGCUGCUAUUUUUGACGCUUGGCCAAUCUUAAUUUUCAUUGUGAUGGCAGUAUCUCUCAGUGCAAUAGUCAUGUGGAUUCUGGUAAGUGCAAGUGCUCUUUUGCGUUGUUAAGACAGCUUUAGCUUCGUUUCAUUUACUUUGUGUCUCUCUGUGGUUUUGUGCUUUCAGAAAGAAAAGAUUCAUAUAUCAACCCCAAAAAAUUAAUAAAAUGAACAAAUAGAUACAGAUAAAAAUAAAAUAAAUUGAAUAAAGUUUUAGAAAGAAAAUAUAGUACCAGUACUGCUAUUCUACAAAGCGUUGAUAUAAAAAACAAAGGAAAAGGAAGAAAGAGAAUAAUCCAUAAGCCAUGCAAAAUAGAUUUAAUUAACAUCCCUGCAAAAUAGAAGCCAUGGAACUCUUGGCGAAAGCCUCACCUUUCCAAACCAGAGAAUUGAUCGUUCUCUUUAUCAUGUAUGGAGGAUGAAGCUAUAGUACAGACAAGGAAAUUGAAUGGAAUCAAUUAUACGGGCACGUCGCCACCUCCUUAUUUAUGUGGCUUCGAUUAAAGAGAAGGUCUGAUUGGAGUGAAGUAUAAACUUUGGCGACAACUUUUGACAGAUUCUAAUCUUGUUGGGUUAAAAGAAGUGACAUGCAAAUUCUAAUCUAAACAGCAGCUUAAUUUGUCAUUUUUCAAUUAAGACACAAUGUUAAAAAAAUUGCAUUUUUGAGUUCAAUAAAGUCAACUGAAGCAUACGGUUAACUUGUUAUUCGUUUUUAGCAAUUCACGAUCUUUUGAGAUAAGUUUUUCAUACAUGAUUGUUAAAUUUCACCUCUUUUUUUCUUCAGGAUUAUCGUUCAAACCCUGAAGAAUUCCCGGAAUUCUUUCCCAGCGGAGUAUUUGAAGCAUUUUGGUGGGCUGCCGUUACUAUGACAACCGUGGGGUAAGUGCCUUGAACCAGUUCGUGAAUAACAUUCUUUUACAGACAGGCCAUCCCCCGCCCCUUUUUUUUUUGGCUUUGUGUUGGAUGCGUUUCCCGAUAUUGGGUCGGUCUGUCGGAUUGAAAAAAAAUGAGAAGUCUUGGAAUAAGAAGACCUGUUACCCCAGGACGACGUUAAAAGUUAACAUUCACAUAUUUGGAUUAACAAAAUACACAAUAUAUAUACUGUAAAAAAAAAUGUUCCUGUUUUUGUUCCUGUUUUUCUCUACGCUGUUCCUAUGCUCAUUUUUCAGAUUAAAAGAAUUAUUUCAAGUGAAAAAUGGUUUAACGACGUCGUUACUUUUUGUUGUUGUUGUUUUUUGAAAAUGCUAAAUAUUUGGGUCGGUCGGACGACGCUAAACGGAGAAAAAAAAAGAGGAUGGCCAUAGUAUUAUGUAAAAUACAUAAACCGAAUCUGUUUUGCAUAUAGUCAGGAUAGGGUAAUUAUACCGGAGUUUCCGCGCACGCGAAGCGCGCUAGGUGGAGCCCCAUUGCUAAGAGAAAUAAUUAUGGCAAGGCAUUAUGUCUAAUUUAUGAGACUGAAGCGAAAUGAACCAACAGUGACACCCAAAACAUUGUUCUACUUGAUCUACUCGCCGGAAAACUCCGUCAGUUCCAUAGCGUUUGAAUAUGCUGCAGUUAAUUUUUUAUUUUAGUUAAUUUUUGUUUUUCCUUUGUUUCAAAUUCAUUAGCAGACAUUACCAUACCCUUAAAGCAAAGGAAAAAUAAAAAUUAACUGAGAUAAAAAGUUACCUACAACCAAUACAUUAAGGCUUGUUCGUGUUAUCCUGAGAAUAAGUAAGACUCCUGCUUCUCUUUUUAAUUUUGAUUAUUUUGUUUUGGUUUUGUUCUUUUCUUUUUUGUUCUCUUUUUCUUUUUCUUACUCUGGCUUUUUCGUUUAGCUAUGGUGACAAGGUGCCGCGCAGUGUAGCCGGACGUCUUUUUGGAGUUGUUUGGAUUAAUGUUGGUCUUGUUAUACUCGCUAUCUUUAUGGGUAUGAUCACCGCCUCCCUUUCCAGUAACAGUCUCGAACAAAUCAGCAACCUUUAUGGAAUGCCUGUAAGUAUUAAAUAAGAUAUUACAUUUGUAACUUUCUCAUUCUUGUUCGGUUAUCAGUCGUUAUUAGCGUUUCAAGUAUUCUCCGUUCUGAAUAAAGUUUCGCUGAAAAAAAUUGCAUGAAAACACAUGAAGAAUACCUUGAUCAAGCGCGAAAGAAGACGAGCAUGUCGGCUCCUCCGGGUCUCAAAGCCAUUGACCGAAAUGUUGGUCCGGCAAAAAGCCUAUAAACCUCGAGGAAAUGAAAUUACAGGCUAUGGACCCGCAUUCCAAUCAAUCCAGGUAUCAGUAUAGCUUCUGUUCUAGUUUCGAAAACCGGCUGGCGGCUUCAGACAACUUCACAAGCAAGUGACUGAGGGAAUUUUAGUUUAUAACUGCACUGAAGAUAUUGUAAAGCUCCAAAUUUGACGGCCGGCUUUGGCAAAAAUUUCUUUUCGUUCACGUUAUUUUAUUCGCGAUUUUUUUAGUUGUGUAGCAGAAUAAAAUCGUAGAAUUCUGCUGAGUUUUUCAAGCCUGUUCAUGUUCAAAAUAUUUUUGUUUUUCUAAUUCAUUCACUCUGUUCUUUUUAGCAAGAGUAGCUAUUUUAAGAACAGUACUAAACGGGACACCAGCUUUUGAAACUGAGACAUUUGAGAUACAUACUCGUGAUUUCUAUACUUAGACCUCUUUUUAUCGAUUCAUACCAGGUGGCAGUUAUGAACGGAUCAGCCGAACAACAGUUGGCUAUUUUACAAAACGCCGAGGUUCAUGGUAAGUAUCUCAAAGCUGUAUACAUUUCAAAACGAAUAAGUUGGCAGUUUGAACAUCCAGAAUAAUGAAGAUUAAUGAAUAAACGUAAGGCUUAAUUCACCUUUGACGUACUUUAAGCUUUUGUCUUUGACUUGGCAUACUUUUUGAAGCUGUUCAAAACACUAACUGAUUUAAAAUCUGAGUGAAAAAAAUUGAACCCGCUGUUCGUUUUUUAUAAGAAUCACAUCUCAUAGUCACCUAUAAUUUUGAUAUAAGUAAUAAUAAUGACAAAAUAUGAUUUGCAGCAAAAAUAACUUACGAUGAAUUGUACAAGAGUGUGAAAGAUGAAGAGACUAGGGUGGCAUUGGUGGAUCUUUACAGUACAACACAACACAGUGUUAAAUACUAUGAGAAAUACGGACUUUAUGUGGCCACAGUACUUGAUGAGCCCGUAAUCUAUGGAGCGGUGUUGCCCAUGGGCUCUGAGACUGCAAGAAAUUGUUUCCGCAGCUAUACUGAAAAUCAUCAAUUGGAGAUACACGAGAUAAUAGAGAAGUUCAUUAAGACAGAAAAGGUUGGAGAAUAUGCUAUCAUACGUUUUUAUUUAGAAUAAGCAAUCUUAUCAAAAGCAGGGACCCUGGGUGAGAGAUCAGUCCACUAAUUUAUGGUCUACCCCUUAAUGUUUUCCACAUAUUUCCUUUGUACGUACAUCGGUGAACAAACUGCUUAAAGCUCUCUCCCACAUAUAAGCAAAUUGAUAAUAUUUUAACUUAUAGGCGCAGUAAAUAGGAACUUGCUGGUCUUUAGGUAGUUAGAGGAAGACAACUGGUGAUGGCGUUAGUGAUUAAGCUGUGGCAAACAGAGAUCCUCUUUGGACACAAGGGGUUGCAAUUGCUCGUUGCAGAAUUAACAACGGUUAUACGCCAUGGAGACAAAGUUCAGUGGCUGUUUAAUAUAUAAAUUGUGUGAUUAUGGGCAGGACAUGGAUGAAGUGCGACCUUAUCCUCCCUUCGAAGACAAUUGAUGACAAAGGCGAUUGGUUGGGAUUUGUACAAAAAUGGCCGCUCUGCUGUCAGCAGUGUCGACAUUUCAAUUGUAUAUGUUUAGUUGUAUGUAGGUUAUAAAUGUUCUUGACGUGAUUUUAAGUUUUGCCUCUUUUCUAAAUCAGCGUUUGUAUGCACAUAUUACUAAUUAGAAACAAUUUGAAAAAAAGAGCUUUCUUAUAGAAUAACACCAAUGAUAUUCACUGAAAAAACAAGUCAUACGAGACAAAAAAGAAUUAUUCCAUAGGUUUCUUUCCUAUUUUCAGCAACCAAGUGAAGCUUCAAGUCUUGGUGUUGAGUAUUUUCAAGAAAAUCUGUUUGGUUACACUGUGUACAGUCUGCUUGGUUUCUUUAUUGUGAUUUUGAUCGUCGGCCUUAUCUGGGAGUAUUCUCUUCAGGCGCAAAAGGAGCACAAAUUAAAAACGGGCUCAGGUAAUUAAUCUACAUUGCAUUCGAUAUGCCUGGUGAUAAACUUAAAUGGUUUCAUUCCACUAAUCUCUGGUACAUCCAGUGACCCUGGCAUUUCGCUAAAAUUAAUUAAUUCGAGGUUCCAAUUGCGUUUCAUUUUAUUUAAUUCAGUAGGUUGACCAAUUCUUGUCAGGAUCACUGCAACACCGCAAGGCACCAUAGUGAAUGAUUUUCCAGUGAGACCUUUAUUAUGCACACAGGAUUCUGGGAUCGCCAGGGAGGCAAACGUUGCGAGUCGCUAUUCCGUAUGUCUGCUCAGCUAUAGAUCACCGCCGAUGACGUCAAAAUGUGUUAACAACAAUGUUGCCUCUCGAGUAGAAUUUUAAUUAAAUUUGUUUUUUAGACUGUGGUAAAUUUCGGCGAUAGUUGCUUACUGUGGUUACUAGUGAUAAAGUGUUAAGUGACAUGAUAGUUUUUCGCACUUGUUUGUUGUUUUUGUUGUCCAACAACAACAUUUUUCUCUGUUCGUGCUCCCAAUCAGCUCAUCUUUCUCCUCCUCUUUCAUCUCUUGCAUCAUCAUCAUCAUCAUCGUCGUCAGCGCCAUCCUCAUCGUCAUCAUCAUCUUCUUCUUCUCCUUCUUCUUCUUUUUGAUUUUGAUUUUAAUGUUUUUGAAUCAUAUAUCCCAACCAAAACUCCAAAAGGCAUUUCCAACGCUUUCCUCCCCAGCAUCACGAUGUUUGUAUGAAUUUGUUUGUAACAUCGAGGAUUAAUGUUUAUCUGAGACUAUUUUUUACUAAAUUAAAUUGUCUGUUUUGUUGCAGAAAAAUGUUCUCCCAAGCCUGAGCCAUCGCUUCCCCUCAAAGAUGAUGAAAAUCAAGGGAACACAAACCUUCCACAGCGUUUAUCUUCGGAUGGAAGUGUACAAACGGAGCGUCUAUUGGCAGCUCAAAGCGCAGAGAUCUUGGCCAUGGAGGAUGAGCUUAAAGCUUUCCGUAAAAAUUGGGAUAAAGGGCUCAGAGAUUUACAGGAGCGCCAUAAGAAGGAACAGGAACAACUUUUUCAAUUGGAUAAUUUUGGUUACGACAUGUAA